GCCGAGCAAGCCCCCCGCCCAGCCUUGCGACUGGGGACCCCGGCACAUGAGGUGGACGCCCCCCGCGAGGACUCGGGUACGGAGCCCGGCGCGAAGGUCUUGGCUCAGACCACCACCCUUGGGGACCCUGGAACACUAUCAUGGAGACUGAGAGCGAGCAGAACUCCAGCUCCACCAAUGGGAGUUCCAGCUCAGGGGGCAGCUCUCGGCCCCAGAUAGCUCAAAUGUCCCUGUAUGAACGACAAGCAGUGCAGGCUCUGCAGGCAUUGCAGCGGCAGCCCAAUGCAGCUCAGUAUUUCCACCAGUUCAUGCUCCAGCAGCAGCUCAGUAAUGCCCAGCUGCAUAGUUUGGCUGCCGUCCAGCAGGCCACGAUUGCUGCUAGUCGGCAAGCCAGCUCCCCAAACACCAGCACUGCACAGCAGCAGACUACCACCACUCAGGCCUCAAUUAACCUGGCCACCACUUCAGCUGCCCAGCUUAUCAGCCGAUCACAGAGUGUGAGCUCUCCCAGUGCCACCACCUUGACUCAAUCCGUGUUGCUGGGGAAUACUACUUCCCCACCUCUCAACCAGUCCCAGGCCCAGAUGUAUCUGCGGCCACAGCUGGGAAACCUAUUGCAGGUAAACCGGACCCUGGGCCGGAAUGUGCCUCUAGCCUCCCAACUCAUCCUGAUGCCUAAUGGGGCAGUGGCUGCAGUCCAGCAGGAGGUGCCAUCCGCUCAGUCUCCUGGAGUUCAUGCAGAUGCAGAUCAGGUGCAGAACUUGGCAGUGAGGAAUCAACAGGCCUCAGCUCAAGGACCCCAAAUGCAAGGCUCCACUCAGAAGGCCAUACCUCCUGGAGCCUCCCCUGUCUCUAGCCUUUCUCAGGCCUCUAGCCAGGCCCUAGCUGUGGCACAGGCUUCUCCAGGGGCCUCAGGCCAAUCUCUCAACCUCAGCCAAGCUGGUGGAGGCAGUGGAAACAGCCUCUCAGGGCCAAUGGGUCCAGGUGGAGGUGGCCAAGCUCCAGGGGGUUUGGGUCAGUUGCCUUCUUCAGGAAUGGGUGGUGGAAGCUGUCCCAGGAAGGGCACAGGAGUGGUUCAGCCCUUGCCUGCGGCCCAAACGGUGACUGUGAGCCAGGGCAGCCAGACAGAGGCAGAAAGUGCAGCAGCCAAGAAAGCAGAUGCUGAUGGGAGUGGUCAACAGAAUGUGGGCAUGAACUUGACACGGACAGCUACACCUGCGCCCAGCCAGACCCUCAUUAGCUCAGCCACGUACACGCAGAUCCAGCCCCAUUCUCUGAUUCAGCAGCAGCAGCAGAUCCACCUCCAGCAGAAGCAGGUAGUGAUCCAACAGCAGAUUGCCAUUCAUCACCAGCAACAGUUCCAACACCGGCAGUCCCAGCUACUUCACACAGCUACACAUCUCCAGUUGGCUCAGCAGCAGCAGCAGCAGCAACAACAACAGCAGCAGCAGCAGCAACAACAGCAGCAGCAGCAACAGCAGCAGCAGCAGCAAGCCACAACCCUCACUGCCCCUCAGCCACCACAGGUCCCACCUACUCAGCAGGUCCCACCAUCCCAGUCCCAGCAGCAAGCUCAAACUCUUGUAGUUCAGCCCAUGCUUCAGUCUUCACCCCUGUCCCUUCCACCUGACCCAACCCCUAAGCCACCCAUUCCCAUCCAGUCCAAACCACCUGUAGCACCUAUUAAACCUCCUCAGUUAGGUGCUGCUAAGAUGUCAGCUACCCAGCAACCACCACCCCAUAUCCCCGUGCAAGUUGUGGGUACCCGGCAACCAGGUACAGCCCAGGCACAGGCUUUGGGUUUGGCACAGCUGGCAGCUGCUGUACCUACUUCCCGGGGGAUGCCAGGUACAGUGCAGCCUGGCCAGGCCCAUUUGGCCUCCUCACCACCUUCAUCCCAGGCUCCUGGUGCACUGCAGGAGUGUUCUCCUACGUUGGCCCCCGGGAUGACCCUUGCUUCUGUGCAGGGGACAGCACAUGUGGUUAAGGGUGGGGCUACUAGCUCUUCACCUGUUGUAGCCCAGGUUCCUGCUGCCUUCUACAUGCAGUCUGUGCAUCUACCGGGUAAACCUCAGACACUGGCUGUGAAACGCAAAGCUGAGUCUGAGGAAGAGAGAGAUGAUAUCUCCACUUUGGGUUCAAUACUUCCUGCCAAGGCUUCUCCAGCAGCAGAGAGCCCAAAAGUCAUGGAGGAGAAGAGUAGUCUUGGAGAGAAAGCUGAACCUGUGGCCAAUGUGAAUGCUAGUACCCCAAGCAAUGAACUGGUAGCCUUGACUCCUGCCCCAUCAGCACCACCUCCUACACUAUCCAUGGUGUCCAGACAAAUGGGAGACUCCAAACCCCCACAGGCCAUUGUGAAGCCCCAGAUUCUCACCCACAUCAUUGAAGGCUUUGUUAUCCAGGAAGGAGCGGAACCUUUCCCGGUGGGUUGUUCUCAGUUACUGAAGGAGUCUGAGAAGCCACUACAGACUGGCCUCCAAACUGGACUGAAUGAGAGUCAGUCAAGUGGACCCUUGGGAGGGGACAGCCCUUCUGCUGAGUUAGAUAAGAAGGCGAAUCUCCUGAAGUGCGAGUACUGUGGGAAGUAUGCCCCUGCAGAGCAAUUUCGUGGCUCUAAGAGGUUUUGCUCCAUGACUUGUGCAAAGAGGUACAAUGUGAGCUGUAGCCAUCAGUUCCGGUUGAAGAGGAAAAAAAUGAAAGAGUUUCAGGAAGCCAACUAUGCUCGUGUUCGUAGGCGUGGACCCCGCCGUAGCUCCUCUGACAUUGCCCGUGCCAAGAUCCAGGGCAAGCGUCACCGGGGUCAAGAGGACUCUAGCCGGGGUUCAGAUAAUUCCAGUUAUGAUGAAGCGCUCUCCCCAACAUCUCCUGGGCCAUUGUCAGUAAGAGCUGGACAUGGAGAUCGUGACCUUGGGAACACCAUUACAGCUCCCCCCACACCAGAAUUACAAGGCAUCAACCCUGUGUUCCUGUCCAGCAAUCCUAGUCGUUGGAGUGUAGAGGAGGUGUAUGAGUUUAUCGCUUCUCUCCAAGGCUGCCAAGAAAUUGCAGAAGAGUUUCGUUCCCAGGAGAUUGAUGGACAGGCCCUUUUAUUACUUAAAGAAGAACAUCUUAUGAGUGCCAUGAACAUCAAAUUGGGCCCUGCCCUCAAGAUCUGUGCCAAGAUAAAUGUCCUGAAGGAGACCUAAGGUGGCCCUCUUGCACAAACCAGCCGAAGGCAGACACUCCCCACUGUCCAGGUUAUAACCUGGUACCAGCAGACUUUGCAGGGAAGAAAGAGCUAUUCGAAUUAUGUGACCUUCUGUAGGGAGAUUACUGAGACAGGGAAGAGAAGUGCAAGAAUUGGUUGCUGGUGCUACAUAGUGGCAGCUUUGAUAUUUUCUUUAGGUUUCACUUUAAAAUAAUCUUUACAGUUCUCAUCAAUCCCACCUACCCCAAUCCAGUCUUUGUAACAAAGGCAGUCCAGAGAACUAGGACUACUCAGCCUUAUCCUGGAGUGCAGCGUCUAGCCAGGGUUUUCCAAGAGGAGAAAUAUGUGUAUGGUAAGGCAGGGAAAUGGGUGGAAUGUAGUUUUGCUUCUCCAGUGGGAGAGGUAGGGUUUUUCUAGCUUGUGUGACACAAGUAGCAAAAUUCUGGUACUUUCCCUCUUCCUUCUGGAUUGUCCCACUGUAGCUGUGGCUCAGUAUUUUGUUAUCACUUAUUCCCUUAGUAUUGAAUAUUUUUCCUGCAUCCAUGGCAGGGUCACCAGCCAGGGUAGAAACUUGGUUGGAAUUUUUCUGAUUUGCUGCAGGGACUAAAAGUGUUUGACUGGCA